GGCAGUAAAGCAUGCUAUAGACAGUGUAGUUUCGCUUUUCGGAAGCCGCAAAGUCAAAGCUUUAACUUGAUUUAAUUACUUGAGUGGUAUGUCAUUUUCGUUAAUUUUGUAUUUGCAAUUUGUGACAUGAACGGAAUUGUGGGUAUAUACCUACUGAUGUACACACAAGGCGUAAACAUGACAGAAAAUAUUUUUCUUUUAGUGUUGUCUACCGGGUUGUCUACCUGCUAAGAUAACUUCAUAAUGGAUUCUAACUGGCCCGGUCGCUGGAAUCAUGUGCAGAAGUUUCUGGAGAGAGGUGGACCAUUUGCCCAUCCAGAUUUUGAACCAAGUUCUGAGGCUUUGCCAUUUCUACAGGAGGUGUGUAAGAUCCUGGUGAUAGGAGCUGGAGGUCUGGGAUGUGAACUCCUGAAGGACCUGGCUUUGAUGGGGUUCCAGAACAUCACUGUGAUCGACAUGGAUACCAUAGACCUUUCAAAUCUCAACCGACAGUUUCUGUUCAGGAGAAAAGAUGUUGGACGAUCAAAGGCAGAGGUAGCUGCAGAGUUUAUCAACAACCGGGUCCCAGGAUGUAAAGUUGAGCCUCAUAACUGCAAAAUACAGGAUUUUGAUGAAUCGUUUUAUAGAAAGUUCCAUAUCAUUGUGUGUGGUCUUGAUUCCAUUGUGGCCAGGAGGUGGAUGAACGGAAUGCUGGUCAGUAUGUUGAGUUACGAGGAUGGCGAGCUGGACCAGAGCACUGUGAUACCACUGAUUGAUGGGGGAACGGAGGGGUUCAGGGGUAAUGCCAGGGUCAUAUUGCCUGGCAUGACAGCUUGUGUGGAUUGUACUCUAGACUUGUACCCACCACAGGUGAAUUUCCCCCUCUGUACCAUUGCACAUACUCCAAGAUUACCCGAACACUGUAUAGAAUAUGUCAGGAUUCUUCUUUGGCCAAAAGAGGAACCAUUUGGAGAUGGGGUGAAGAUUGAUGGGGAUGACCCAACACAUAUCAAGUGGAUCUUAGAGAAAAGUGUAGAGCGGGCAGAAGAGUUUAAAAUCACAGGCAUAACCUACAGAUUAACACAGGGUGUUGUAAAAAGAAUUAUUCCAGCUGUAGCAUCAACAAAUGCACUUAUUGCAGCUGCCUGUGCAACAGAGGUAUUCAAAAUAGCCACAAGUUGUUGCUUACCACUCAGUAACUACAUGAACUUCAGUGAUACCGAUGGGAUCUAUACUUACACCUUUGAGGCGAUGCGUAAGGAAGACUGUAUGGCCUGUAGCAGUAUACCACAGACCCUGAAUUUCUCUGAGACUGACAAACUGCAAGAUAUUCUCACAUACCUCAUUGAAAGUCAAGAAUAUCAAAUGAAAUCUCCAGGAAUGACAACGUCUAUGAACGGAAUGAAUAAGACAUUGUAUAUGCAAACUGUGAAAUCUAUAGAGGAACGAACGAAGCCAAACCUAAAACUAACUCUUAAAGAUCUAGGACUGGUUGAUGGACAGGAGCUUUAUGUAGCAGAUCCUACCACACCCAUGACAGUGACUUUUAAACUACAGCUUGGCUCAAACAUGGAAUGAUGAAGCCCAACUUUUUUUCAAUAUUCCAAGUGAUGAUAUAACUUAUUACAGAUGCUGUCGAGUGUUCAAAAAGAGUGCUCAUUGCUCAUGUCUUUGGGGAGAAACUGGAAACAGUCUCUUAUUACAUUCAUAGUUAUAGUUGAUAUUUGUAUUUCUUAAGAUUAUUUAUGAAGAGGAACAAAUGUUAUGAUUAUGCAUUGAAAUAGACACUAUGUGUAUCGGCCUGAAAAAACCCCUAUGAUAAACUGUGUCAUCAGGACUAGUGAUGUUGAACAAGGGGGGUCUUGUCAUCAGGACUGUUGUUUGACAAGUGGACCGUGUCAUCAGGGCUUUUGGUGUUAGGACCAGAAGAGGACUGUGUCAUCAGGCAUCGUGCUGUUGGGCGACACGUCAUACAGACUGAUGUUGAACAAGGGGGUCUUGUCAUCAGGACUGUUGUUUGACAACAAGUGGACCGUGUCAUCAGGGCUUUUGGUGUUAGGACCAGAAGAGGACUGUGUCAUCAGGCGUCGUGCUGUUGGGCGACACGUCAUUCAGACUGAUGUUGAACAAGGGGGUGUUGUCAUCAGGACUGUUGUUUGACAACAAGUGGACCGUGUCAUCAGGGCUUUUGGUGUUAGGACCAGAAGAGGACUGUGUCGUCAGGCGUCGUACUGUUGGGCGACACGUCAUACAGACUGAUGUUGGACAAGUGGACCAUGUCAUCAGGACUGUUAUUGGACAACAAGUGGACCCUGUCGUAAGGACUUGUGGUGUCAGGACCACAAUUGGAGCUGUGCCAUCAGAUGUCGUGUUGUUGGAUGACACAAGACCUGGUCCUAUGGACUGAUGUUGGACCGUGUCAACAGGGUUUAUGGUGUUUGGACCACAAGUGGGCCAUAUCAUCAGAUUUCAUGUUUGACAGGAGUUGUGUUGUCAAGCGUACAAGUUGAAAAAAGAAACCUACCUACUGUAAAUUAAUGUUUUCAAUAAAUCUGCUGUCACAAA